AUGCUGCUCCCGCUCUACUUCAACGUCGCCAUGUUCGGCUACGGCUACUCGCGCAACAGCGACCAGGCGGGCCCGCUGCUGGCGGGCCUGUUUGCCUACUCGGCCGUCGCCGUUCUGUUUCUCCUCUGGAGCGUCGGUCUCGUCGGCGUCGCCAGCUCGAGCUGGGACUCGCCGCUCGAGGUGGUCGCGCUCGCGCUGCGCAGCCCCCGGCCCGCAGACAAGGCCCUCCCUAGCAGCCUCGUCGAGAACCCCGAGGUUCUGAGCGGGCGGUACUGCAUCGCCGCGGAUGGCGAGGACCUGCUGUUGUAG